AUGUCAGUGGUGCUGGAAAAAUCCACUAUUCCUGGACCUGGACACCACGCGGAACAUCUCCGACUGAACGAUCCAAGCUGCACUCUGGACUCCAACGGCACCCACCUGUUCACCAACAUAUCUCUGAAUGACUGUGGUACAGUGAUGGAGGAGGACGAUGACAGCCUGAUCUUCAGGAACGAAAUCGUUUCGUACGACGACCCGAACGAUAUCAUCACAAGGAAACACGAGGUUGAGAUUGAGAUCAGUUGCAAAUAUCAGAAAAGAAACAACGUGACCGUUGAGUUCGACGCCCACAGACCAGCAAUCAACAUCACCGAGAGGGGCUUCGGCACGUUUACCUAUGAGUUUGAAUUCUACGACUCGCCACAGUUCACCGACAGAAAAGAUCCGAACUCCUACCCGCUGGAGUAUGAAGUUGGGGAGAUGAUGUACUUGCAGAUCGAGUCCAGCAGCCCAGUUCCCAACACUGAAAUCUUUGUCGAAUCCUGCAGUGCUACGCCCUAUGACAACCCCAGUUAUCCUCUCGCCUACCCCAUCAUCGUCAACGGUUGUGGCGUCGAUGACACAUUGAAGACGUUCACCAGCCACCAAUCAGAUUUCAAAUUUGGACUCCAGGCUUUCAAAUUCAUUGGACUGUAUGAUCAGGUGUUUAUCACUUGCUCAAUCAUUCUGUGCGAGGCUGGGAAUCCCAAUACCAGAUGCUCUGAGGGCUGCAGUAAUACCACAGCAGCCUUUUCAGUGCCUCACCGCCACAGGAGAGAUGCACCCAUCCAGACCGGCAAUCACUACAUUUCCCAGGGGCCCUUGCGGCUCAGGAGGAGUACAGGUCGUUCAGAAGUCAGUGGGACCCAGAAACUGGACCUGAACCUCGUUUUCGUCGCCGGGUGUCUGCUGGCCGCCGUCGGCAUGGUGUGUGGAGUAAUGGUCAUUAGAACCAGGAGAACGCAUCGACGUGAGGUCUGGACUGUGUCUCUGGUCAAGGACUCCUCCGUGCCUCUGUCCACGUUAGCGGUGAGGGCACAUCCUGUCCGAGGGAGCGGGGGAGGUCCCGAGCGUAGGGAGGUUGGAGAGUGGAGGUGA